CACUUGUCAUUUUCCUCACCAUGACGGACACUGCAGCUGAAGAAGACAAGGACCCCGAUAUCGAGCUGUUUGUCAAGGCGGGGAGUGAUGGGGAGAGUAUUGGGAACUGUCCCUUCUCUCAGCGCCUCUUCAUGAUCCUCUGGCUGAAAGGAGUGGUCUUCAAUGUAACCACAGUCGACCUCAAGAGGAAACCAGCAGACCUUCAUAACUUGGCCCCAGGGACGCACCCACCCUUCCUCACCUUCCAGGGAGAGGUCCGCACCGAUGUCAACAAGAUAGAGGAGUACCUGGAGGAGAUGCUGGCUCCGCCCAAGUAUCCUAGGCUUGCGGCAAAGAACCGUGACUCCAACACUGCAGGAAAUGACAUAUUUUCCAAGUUCUCAGCCUAUGUCAAAAACACCAAGCCAGAGAAGAAUAAAGCAUUAGAAAAGAGUCUGAAUAAGGCCCUGGCUAAGCUGGAUGAGUAUCUGCUGAGCCCGCUACCUGAUGUAGGCUCCAACCGAAAAUACCUGGACGGAGAUGAGCUGACGCUGGCCGACUGCAACCUGCUGCCCAAACUGCACGUCGUCAAGGUGGUCACAAAGAAAUACCGAAACUACGACAUCCCGUCUGAAUUUCGAGGGGUGUGGCGUUACCUCAGCAACGCAUACAGCCGUGACGAGUUCACCAACACGUGUGCUGCGGAUGUGGAGAUCGAGCUGGCCUACAAAGAUGUCGCCAAGAGGCUCGGCAAGUGA